UUUUGAGGCCUCUUAACUAAGCAUGGGGGGAAGGGCAGCAGAGGCCUGUCUCUCGCACACACAAGCACAUGCUUGAGAAAGCAAAGUAAGGCCAGGAAAACAGACUGCACUGAGAAAGAAUCAAGCUUAAAUCAUAAACCCGAGCGAAAGGUACAUAAGCUGCGCUUAAAUGGCCUCUGAGGACCUCUGCUUUAGUUACACUGUGCCAGGCUCGAACGAGAAGCACAGGAGGGCUCGGAACUGGACGGAUUCCGAGAUGAAAGCUCUUGUGUACAUUUGGGAAGAGUAUGUGACAGAGCUAAAGAAGGCGAAGCGCAAUGCUAAGAUCUACGAGACAAUGGCUAAGCAACUUUACGAAUUAACCGGGGAACAGCGACACAGGGAGGAGAUUAAGAUGAAGAUUACCAACAUGACUUUCCAAUUCAGGCAACUGAAGUACACAGCAAAUGGAAGCAGUGCUACACCCGACUGGCCGUACUACAAAUCUAUUGAGAGGAUCUUGUCAAAGGUACCAGACCAAGGCCAUUUGAGCCCACCGAACCUCUCAACGUCUGGCCCCUCCACCUCUCAAAUCGAGACUUCUGUGCCCCAGUCAGCUCCGCCAAGUGGGUUCCUCCCUGAGUACACGGGUUCCUCAGAGGAGAGAGAAAUCAACGAUGAGGAGGAAGGCCUAACAGAGAACUCUGAAAGUUCUUUUGAGACCAGGUCCCAGCCACAUAAGAGGCGGAGGCUUUCACAUGUGUCAUUGCGGCGAAAGAAGCUGCGUGUCCUGGACGCAAUGCUGCAGGAGCAACGCAGGAUAAGCCGUGCCGUUGAAGAGGCAUGUCACGAAGUUCGCCGUGUUAUGCAUCAGCAGAACUUCCUGCAAGUGCAGAGCCUCCAGCUUCAGGAGCGAAUGAUGAACCUCCUGGAGAAGAUGAUUCCUGCUCCGUCUGCCUCUUCUUGGCCCAACCAACCAGUCUCAAAGGGUUUAGGAACACCUACAACUGAGUGACAGGACCUCAGAUACAGGAUAAGGACCUUUGUUGUCUUUGCUGAGGAAGUGUUGCUAUAUGCUAUCUAAGUAUAAAAGCUAUAACCAACUAGUUAGCUGUACAUUUUAGACCUGUUUAGGCACCGUUAAGUCUUCUACAAUAAAUAUGUUAUUCAAAAAUGUAAAAUCACUAUUUAUCCACAUCUGAUUCAAACUGUCUGAAUCAAAUUGUAGUUCUCAAAAGUUAGAAGGUGACUGUUAUGUGACACGAAAUGUGUUAUGAUAUCUGAUUUGUUUGAUGUCAAAAUUUCUGUGUUAGAUUCCUGGCUAAUUAUUUAGAAAAUUUAAUGUCAGUCAUGGUUGACUGACAUCUAAAAGAUUUCAGAUUGCUUUUAAAGUAUUCUUUAAAAGGAUACCGUGUUCAAGAAAGCUCCAGAAGAGCAGAAUUUCAGGUCAGGCAGAUAACACCAAACGGUUGGUGAUAAUGUAAACUGGAUGAUUGUAAAGGACAAUCUUAGUUUAGUUAGUAUUAUUACAGUUCAAUGUUACCAUUACACUGUUAUAGCAUAGCACAAUUUAGCAAAAUGUAACAUGUUACUAAAUGUUGCAAAAUGCAAUUAUUUUGGUAGCAGUUUAUAUGCGCAUAUUUAGCUUAGAUCUGUUAAAAUACAUUCACAAAAAUCUGUUUGCAUAAAAUGACUAUGAUACACCUCUUUUAUGAAUUUCUGAAUUAAAGGUCAUUUUGAUAUUUUUGUCAGGUGUCAAAAAUGUCUAGGUGGUCCAGCUGUCCAAAGACUGUAAAAGAGAAAAAAAGUGUCAUUAAAAAGUUGAAAG